GGAGAAAACAAAAACUCCCCCAAGAAGAGAGAAUUCAGCGGGAGAAAAGAGAGAAUAGAAAGAAUUUGGGGCCAUGAUCUCGAGACCGGAGUUGAUCGCAGAUUCGGAGUGAAUUUUCAUUUGGAGUGAAACCAGACCCCAUCUCCUACCAAAAUGAUGCAGGAAUUGUCAACGUUUGAUGACCUGGCCGCCACUAAUGUGGAAUUCGAGCCAGAAAAGAUUGAGGAUGGGAAAGAUGGAGGUCCUUCCUUCAGUUGUGACCUUUACGACACGGAACUGGUCCACAAGAUAGCACAAGGUUUUGUUCCUGGAUUAGCUACCGCGUGCGUUGAUUACACGUCUGGUGAUAUUUUCAAGACACCUGCUUCUGUGGCGGCUGAGGUGAGAAAGGAAAUGGUGGAGGAUAUCACUCAGAGGAGCGAGAGUUUUGUUGCGGAGUCUGUUGUUUUAGAGGGUGGUGGUCAGGAUGGGCAAGCGUCUGAUCAUCCCUUUGACAUCAUUUCUGAUUUUGUUGAUGACUUUGCGAGUUCCAAGAGGAAUUUGUUUAGUCGGGUUUCAGGAUGGCUGCUCAGUGAGAAGAGAGAAGAUAAUAUUGAUGAUUUUGUUCAGGAGAUGGAAAUAAAUGGGUUUUGGUUGCUUGAUAAAAGAGAAACAAUAGCACAGAAUUUGUUAAAGAAUGUCGACCUUAAGAAUGAGCAUCACUGCAGUAUGAGAUUUCACACCCUAGAGGAGCUUGAAGCGCAUGUCCCAAACUGUAGCUAUCGGUCUACGGGUUGCAUAAAUGAAGGAUGCAAUGCCAUCUUUUGUGCAAGUCAGGUGGAUAAACAUGAUGCAGUUUGCCCCUUCAAGAUAAUUCCGUGCGAACAGAACUGCUCUGACAUGAUCAUGAGACGUGACAUGGACAGACAUUGUAUCACCGUCUGUCCAAUGAAGCUUGUUAGUUGUCCUUUCUAUGCAGUGGGUUGUCAGUCCCCGGUCCCGCAUUGUAACCUUGAGCAGCAUCGUUCAGAUGAUCUCCAUUCUCACAUGCUGCUGGUUUUACAUAGUAUUCAUAAGGAGACAUCUAUAGAAGAUUUGAAAAGAAGGCUGGAGCAACUAAAAGGCGCAUCUUCAUCCAAUAACUUGGCACGAGCUCGAGAUGUGAGAUCUCUAACCUCCGCCGUCAAGGAUCUUGAAGAAAAACUAGGAGCGAUGGAUAUUAGCAGGAAACAACAAGGGAAUUUUGAAGCAGAACAUGCGCUACAGGAAGUAAACAGUAAAGCUCCAGAGUUUGUGGAAUCAGGGACAAAACAAGUGAGCAAUAAACCUGAAGAGGACCUUAAAUUAAAAGCAGCACCAAAGGGAGUUAGCCAACAAUCGGAGUAUCUUGAAGCAAGAUCAGAGCCAAAAGAAGACAGUACAAAACCCGUGGACGAACUUGAAGCUAAACCAGUACGAGAGGAACUGAGCACUAAUCCUGCAGAAGACUUUGAAGCCAAACAAGCUCCAAAGGAAGUCAGUAGUUCACAAUCCCCUGAAAAUGUUGAAGCAAGGUUAAUGGGAGUGAGUGGUCAGGCCCCAACAGGACAUGAAGCUAAACCAGCAGGAGAGGAACUGAGCGCCAAACCUGCUGAAGAUCUUGAAGCAAAACCAGCUCCAAAGGAAGUCAGUAGUUCAAAAUUGCCUGAAAAUGUUGAAGCAAGGUUAGUGGGAGCGAGUGGUCAGGCCCGAACAGGACAUGAAGCUAAACCAGCAGGAGAGCAACUGAGCGCCAAACCUGCUGAAGACCUUGAAGCAAAACCAGCUCCAAAGGAAGUCAGUAAUUCAAAAUCCCCUGAUCAUGUUGAAGCAAGGUCAGUGGGAGUGAGUGGUCAGGCCCCAACUAAAUCAGCACCAGAAGAACUGAGCGGUAAACCUGCUGAAAAUCUUGAAGCAAAACCAGCUCCAAAGGAAAUUGGUAGUUCAAAACCCCCCGAAGAUGUUGAAGAAAGGCCAGUGGGUGUGAGCGAUAAGGCCCCGACAGGACUUGAAGCUAAACAAGAACCAAAGGAAUUGAACACUAAACCUGCAGAAGAUGUAGAAGCAAAACCAGCUACGAAGGAAGUCAAAAGUUCAAAACCCCUGAAAGAUGUCGAAGAAAGGUCAGGGGGUGUGAGCGGCAUGGCCGCCACUGGACAUGAAGCUAAACAAGCACCAAAGGAAUCAAGCACUAAACCUGGAGAAGAUGUAGAGGCAAAACCAGCUACACCGGAAGCCAUAAGUGCGAAACCCCUGAAAGAUGUUGAAGAAAAGCCAGUGGGUGUGAGCGGCAAGGUCCCCACAGGACAUGAAGCUAAACAAGCACCAAAGGAAUUGGGAGUUAAACCUGCAGAAAAUGUAGAGGCAAAACCAGCUGCGAAGGAAGUCAGAAGUUCAACACCCACUGAAGAUGCUGAAGCAGGGACAGUGGAAGCGAGUGGUAAGGUUCCAACAGGACAUGAGGAAAAAUUUGGGACAAAAGAAGUGACAAUCAAAUUGCCAGAGGAGCUCGAAACAAAACAAGGAACAAAGGAAGUGGGAAGCAAACCACCAGAGGCACUUGAAACACAACUAGGCACAAAGGAAAUGGGAAGCAAAUCAUCAGAGGAACUUGAAACACAACUAGGAACAGCGAAAGUGAGUGACGAACCUCCACAGAAUCUUUAAUCAAGUCUAGGAAGAAAAGUAAUGGCGCAGCAAAACUCAAGAAGGAUAUGAAACACAACUAGAAUAUAAGGAUGACAGCAAGGAGGAACUUGAAGCAAAACUAGGGACAAAGGAAUGUUGAGGAAGUUGAAACAUAACUUUUGCUAAAGGUAGUGACUAGUGAGUAGCAGACGAAGCUAGUGAAGAAUAUGGAAACCUCUAUCUCUGAAAAGGUUGAGAGGGAGACCUAACCAGCUCGGUAUCAUUUUUGCACAGGAAAUUUGUGAUGAGUUUUGUGUCCUGUUUUCUGUAUACAAAAGAAACUUUGUGCAAAAAUUAAAUGCAUUUCCUGAAAUUUUGUCAAUUGAAAGGGUGUUUUCCACUGGUGAGUUUCAAUAUACCCUAAUUCUUUGGUGAAUAAGCUUUGGAAUCGUGAAUGAGUUUUCUUACAUGGUGGGA